GUCAGUACUUUAGAGUACUUUCACCUCAUUGAAACUCGCUGUUGUUCCAGUUCUUAGAGCCUUGCACUGCAGAUUCCAGAACUACUUAUGCCUCGCGACACCUCAACCUCACCGAGAAGACGGUUCCGUACCCGAGGAGAAGAAGACCGUUCUGGAAGAAAAGGAAAGAAAGAUUAUCCCAGAAUGGAGCGUGCAGACUAUGAGCGUGAUUCAGACAGGCGAAGGAAUGAUGAUGACGAUGAUAGACGUGCCAGACAUGAUAAUUAUCGUAGAAGAGACGGUCAUCGUGACCGUGAUCACGAUUCUAGAAGGCCUAACCGCGAGAGGGACAGAGAAGGUCAAGAUGACCGGCCCAGCAGGUCCAACCGCGAACGGGGUAGGGAUGGUCGAGAUGACGGUGACCGGCCCAGCAGGCGCCGAAGUAGAGACAUCGCAGUCUCGUCUCGUCGUUCUGCAUCUCCAAAACGACCGUCUUCUAUCCAACCCUCCGCUCCCCCACGCUCUAGCUCUCAGUCUAAGUCUCCUCCACCUGUCGACAAGGCCAAACCCAACUUUGCUAAUUCUGGGUUGCUGGCUGCAGAGACAAAUGCUGUCAAGUUGACUGACGGCACGAGCACAAUCCUGAAAUAUAACGAACCCCCGGAAGCAAGAAAGCCCACUCUGGGUUGGAGGUUGUACGUGUUCAAAGGAAGCGAGCAAGUUGAAUUACUUCACAUUCAUCGCCAAAGCGCCUAUCUAAUCGGACGUGAUCGCACCGUCACCGAUAUUUUAAUUGAACAUCCCUCCUGCUCGAAGCAGCAUGCUGUGAUCCAGCAUCGUCAGGUAAUGGAGAAAGAUGAAUUCGGCGCCUCAAAAUCGAAGAACAAGCCUUUCAUUAUCGAUCUAGAGUCUACAAAUAGUACACAUGUCAACGAUGAGGCCAUUCCGACAUCACGGUUCUACGAACUCAAAGCGGGUGAUGUCAUCAAAUUUGGAUUGUCAAAUCGGGAAUACGUCCUUUUGCAUGACGAUGCAACCUGAGGUACCUAUGCCUGGCAACGCAAUUUCAGGCAGUACACAGAAUGUUGAAUCAUUAUACUUUGGCUUGUAUAUAAGUUAGUUCUUGUUGGAUUCCCUCCGAGCUCACUUGCUUUUAGACGAUUCGACAUCAGAUGUGAGGGGCUGAACUGUUUUUUCUUUAAGCAAUUAUAUCCCUUGUCUCGCGAGUUCUUGUGACGGCAUGAAGAUCAGAUGAUGCGCGGCACCUCCG